AUGCUCGAAUUAUUGACCUUUAUAUCCAAUUCUAUCUUCGUUGCUCUCCUUACCAUCGUUAUCCACAAAGUAUAUGUUUUCCUUAAAUGGAGAAAAAGUGCAGAUAGCAUUCCCGGCCCGCCAGCUUCAUUAUUAACUGGCAACAUCCUUGACAUUGGGCGUGCAGGAGGAUUAGCGCCGUAUCUACAAUAUCUCCACAAAACUUAUGGCCCCGUCGUCAAAUACUGGUCUACACCAAAUGAGCUUCAUGUGACGAUAAAUGAACCAAAUAUCCUCGAACAGUUAGACAUUAUGACUACCGAAAGGCCUUUUAACUUUAUCGAAUUUUUAAGGGGCUUUUUCGGUGACAAGGGUUUAAUUUAUCUAUAUGAUGAACCGGCAAAAGCGAGAAGACUCACGUGGCACAAGACAUUCGCAAAGCGUCCUUACGAAAAGAUUAUACCGAGAUUUAUCGAAAUAAUCAACAAGCGAGGUACAGACUGGCUAUCGAAAAGAAACGGAGAAAAAUCUGCCAAAAUCAAUGUUCAGGCCGAAGCUCGAUCGUUGUGGAACAAACUGAACGAAUACAAUGUAUUUGGCGACGCAUCCACUUCUGACAAUCUAAGCGUCAAGUUUGAAGAAACUAUCGAACUAUUGUUACAAAUACGAUUCAGCUUUGCUCCCGUCUUGCCAUACACUGAAAUAUGGAGGAAACGAAAGGAACUUCUUGACUAUGUGCGCCAUGAAGUCCAACGAUUAAUCAAAGAACAAUUGGACCGCCGUGGUGAAUUCCUAGCCAAUGGAAACGAUUUCCUAAGUCUUUUACUCAAUGACGAAGAACUCACCGAAGAGUCAUUCUUUGACGAAGUUUUAACUCUACUGUUUGUCGUAACGGACAAUUUCAUGGGCGUUGCUAACCUAUUGCAUCAACUGGCAGAACAUAAAGAUGUCCAAGAACGAGUACGAAAAGAAGUUCAAAACGUAUGGGGAGAUAAAUUUCCCACCACCGUGGAUGACUUGUCCUGUCUGACUUAUACCAGAGCGGUCGUCAAAGAAGUUUUACGAUUCUGCGGUACCAGUAAUAUCACUCUCCGAAAGUUACAACGCGAAUAUUUCAUCCAAAACAAAUACCAUAUUCCCAAAGACGCUCUUAUUAUGGUUCCACUAAGCAUUAUUCACCGAAAUCCUAAUCACUGGAACGAGCCCGACAAGUUUAAUCCCGACAGAUUCCUAGAAGAAUCUCGGGAAAGAUCAAGAAUGGCAUUUGUUCCAUUUGGUUUCGGAGCUCGAUCAUGCCUAGGACAAAGAUAUGCUAUGAACACGCUUACGUUGAUAGCAGGACUGAUGGUUAAGAGAUUUGAUAUAGAGUCUAUCACCAGGUAUGAUGACGUUGUCUGGAAGGAAUCUAUAUUCUCGAUACACGCAUCGGAUGGCAUCUGGUUGAAUUUUAUUCCAAGAAUGGUAGAGUAA